GCCGCUGUUGGGAAAGGCUGCAUGCCCUUUGGGGGCCGGUGGGCCCGGUGCGCUGACCGCGUUUCCCCUUUCCUGCCGGCCCCCCAUUUCUGCGGAGCCGGCUGCCUGCGGCUCUUGCGCGACGCUCCCUGGCCCCGCAGCCUGCCCAGGGCGCUGGAGGCCGGACUCCCGGGGUCUGCGCCUCGUCGGCGCUCUCUUCGGUGGCGAAUGAGCGGCCCAGGCGGCGGGGCCUGAGCACGGCCCGAGGCCCUCAGGCCCGGCUGCUGGCAGAAUGGACAUCCUGGAAGAGGUGAUUUGGGCCAACGGGAGCACAGCCCUGCCCCCACCCGUGGCACCCAAUAUCAGCAUGCCACAUCGCUGUCUGCUGCUGCUCUACGAGGAUAUCGGAACCUCCAGGGUCCGGUACUGGGACCUCUUGCUGCUCAUCCCCAAUGUGCUCUUCUUCAUCUUCCUGCUCUGGAAGCUUCCGUUUGCUCGGGCCAAGAUCCGUGUCACCUCCAGCCCUAUUUUUAUCACCUUCUAUAUCCUGGUGUUUGUGGUGGCGCUGGUGGGCAUCGCUCGAGCCGUGGUGUCCAUGACGGUCAGCACCUCGGAUGCUGCAACUGUUGCUGAUAAGAUCCUGUGGGAGAUUACCCGCUUCUUCCUGUUGGCCAUCGAGCUGAGCGUGGUCAUCCUGGGCCUUGCCUUUGGUCACCUGGAGAGCAAGUCAAGCAUCAAGCGGGUGCUGGCCAUCACCACGGUGCUGUCCCUGGCCUACUCGGUCACCCAGGGGACACUGGAGAUCCUGUACCCUGACGCCCACCUGUCGGCUGAGGACUUCAACAUCUACGGGCAUGGGGGCCGCCAGUUCUGGCUGGUCAGCUCCUGCUUCUUCUUCCUGGUCUACUCUCUGGUGGUCGUGCUCCCCAAGACCCCACUGAAGGAGCGCAUCUCCCUGCCUUCGCGAAGGAGCUUCUACGUGUACGCGGGCAUUCUGGCGUUGCUCAACCUGCUACAGGGGCUGGGAAGUGCGUUGCUCUGCGCGGACAUCAUCGAGGGUCUCUGCUGUGUAGAUGCCACCACAUUUCUCUACUUCAGCUUCUUUGCGCCCCUCAUCUACGUGGCCUUCCUGCGGGGCUUCUUUGGCUCGGAGCCCAAGAUCCUCUUUUCCUACAAAUGCCAAGUGGACGAGACGGAAGAACCAGAUAUGCACCUGCCCCAGCCCUACGCUGUGGCCCGGCGGGAGGGCCCGGAGGCGGCAGGAGCUGCCAGCACGCAGUUUGACUCAGCCGGUGGGGUGGCCUACCUGGACGACAUCGCUUCCAUGCCCUGCCACACGGGUAGCAUCAACAGCACAGACAGUGAGCGCUGGAAGGCUAUCAACGCCUGAGUGUGGCCACCAUGACCCGGAAGGCCCGGUGGGGCCCAUGGAGGGCAGGCUGGAGAGAAGACUAGGGAGUGCCAAGUCCCUGGGGGGGAGGAGGACGAGGUCAUGGGACCUUCUAUGGGCAGCAGCCCCAGGCAGGCCCUGUCUCGCCCUCUGUGCGCCCAGUUGCUUUUGGCCACCUCUGCUCUAGCUGGGGGCUGCCUCACCCUUCCACCUGCUCUCUCCCUGUUCCACUGGCUCAGACUCUGAUCUCUCAGGGGCAGGCCUGGCUAGGCCGGCUGGGGGUACCUCCUUUCUCCAAAGCCUGGGCACUCAGGACCGGUCUGGCUCUUCUCAUCCCUCUGCCUCUUCCCCAUUGCGCUUUGGCCUCCUCAAAGCCCACUCUGGCAGGUGGGUGGAAGUGUGUAUAUUUUCUGGAUCUAUUUUUUAAUAAAAAAACAAAAGGAACAGAAGGUG